GGGCACGUGGGGGCGGGCGGGGCCCAGCGGCCGUGCAGAGGGGACUUGAGGGGAGGCGAGGUCAGACCCGCCCCCUGGGGCGGCAAGCCGGGCCUGGGGGCUGAGCUCCUGCCUCAGUUUCCCCGGUCCCUUGCAAGCCUUCCUACCACUACCACUACCACCGCCAACGUCGGCAAGGCGCACCCAAGGUCUGGCACCGGGGGGAAACCGAGGCAGCAGGCCCGCGAAGCAGCCCCGCCUCCCAAGAGACAUUUAAUCCCUGGUGGGAUUUGCAGGAAACUUCUAAAUUAAGGGCAGCGGCUGCAGCAGCUGAGGGGGUGGAGGUGGGGGGGCUCCCCUUCCCUGCGCCCCGGGCAGCUGCCGUGAGCUCAAGCCCCAAAAUAGCCACUGGGACCGCGGUGGCAGCUGCCACCCGGCGGGGCUGUCACUCAGACAGAGCCCGGAGCCCCCAGACCAGGGUCCCCUCCCCGCGGCCGGGCUCGCGCCCCGCACUGCCCGGCCACCCGCCCUUCCGACGGCGGGGGCGGGGCGGGGCGGGGCUCCUUGGGGGCGGUCCCGAGAGGGCUGGGCUCAGGGGGCGACCGCGCCCCCGGUCCCGGCUGUGCUUCUGCCCCUACAAGGUUUGGGCCGCGGUGGGGGAGGGUCCAGGCCCCCGGCUCCGCCCGGCCUCCUCCCCGCCUUUUAGACGUUCGUGCCCCCGGGACAUCCCAGUCGCGCUCGGUCCUCCUCACUCGCCACCCGGGCUACCCCGUCGUUGUCGUCGUCGCAGCCAGCCCCGAUCCCCACCCCAGUCGUCAGCGCCCGCCGGCCGGCCCACCACCCACCGCAGCCAUGGACGCCAUCAAGAAGAAGAUGCAGAUGCUCAAGCUGGACAAGGAGAAUGCCAUCGACCGCGCCGAACAGGCCGAGGCCGACAAGAAGCAGGCUGAGGACCGCUGCAAGCAGCUGGAGGAGGAGCAGCAGGCCCUGCAGAAGAAGCUCAAAGGGACUGAAGACGAGGUGGAGAAGUACUCUGAGUCUGUGAAGGAUGCCCAGGAGAAACUAGAGCAGGCCGAGAAGAAGGCCACCGACGCCGAGGCAGAUGUGGCCUCCCUGAACCGUCGCAUCCAGCUGGUAGAGGAGGAGCUGGACCGGGCGCAGGAGCGUCUGGCUACGGCCCUGCAAAAGCUGGAGGAGGCAGAGAAAGCUGCUGAUGAGAGCGAGAGAGGAAUGAAGGUCAUUGAAAACCGAGCCAUGAAAGACGAAGAAAAGAUGGAACUGCAGGAGAUGCAGCUGAAGGAGGCCAAGCACAUCGCCGAAGACUCAGAUCGCAAAUAUGAGGAGGUGGCCAGGAAGCUGGUGAUCCUGGAGGGAGAGCUGGAGCGCUCAGAGGAGAGAGCUGAGGUGGCUGAGAGCCGAGCCAGGCAGCUGGAGGAGGAACUGCGAACCAUGGACCAGGCCCUCAAGUCCCUGAUGGCCGCAGAGGAGGAGUAUUCCACCAAAGAGGAUAAGUAUGAAGAGGAAAUCAAACUGCUGGAGGAGAAGCUAAAGGAGGCUGAGACCCGAGCUGAGUUUGCCGAGAGGUCUGUGGCAAAAUUGGAGAAAACCAUCGAUGACCUGGAAGAUGAAGUCUAUGCGCAGAAGAUGAAGUACAAGGCCAUCAGUGAGGAGCUGGACAACGCACUCAAUGACAUCACCUCCCUUUGAGCCCCUCCCAGGGCGGCUUCUCGGGCCCUUCUCCUCUGUUCUCUCAGGCAGCAGGAGCAGAACUUGCCAGUACUACCCGGCCAAGUGGGGCGCAGCCUAGGAGAGCCCCAGCACCCCCCACCACCCACCUGCCUCUUGCUUCAUCCUCCAUUUCACUCUCCCUGCCCACAACCCGGUCUCUCCUUCUCUGCUGCUCAAUAAACUCAACUUUGUCUCCA